CGUCAGUGAAGUGUUGCAGAUUUGUCUGUGAAAGUUGAUGAAGUGUACUUAAAGUUGCGUGAUUAUUAAAAUGUCACCGAAAGAAGUAAAAAUAGUCCCAAGUGAAGAAGAAGUAAUCAAAACACUCUGUGAAUUAAUUCAAGACAUUGCCAGAACGGCGAUACAGCGAGACGAUGUUUUCAAAGUUGGAUUGUCAGGUGGAUCUCUUACAAAAUUCCUUACGGUUGGUCUCCCGAAAAUUGAAACAGAUUGGGCGAAGUGGAGACUAUUUUUUUGUGACGAGAGGGUUGUGCCUGUUGAGAGCGCGGAUUCAACUUAUGGGGUUUACAAGAGUUCUCUAAUUGGGACCGUACCUCUUACCGAGGAGCAGUUCAUCAAAAUCGAUCCACACUUAAAAACAGCUGAGGAAGCAGCAAAAGACUACAUUCAAAAAAUGGCAGUGCAUUUUCCUCCAGAUUCACUACCUAGGUUUCAUUUGUUGUUGCUUGGAAUGGGACCAGAUGGGCACACAUGCUCACUUUUUCCUGAUCACAGACUUCUGGAGGAAACCUCAGUGUGGGUGGCACCCAUAACUAAUUCACCUAAACCACCAGCCUCAAGAAUUACUUUAACAUUUCCUGUGGUGAACAAUGCAGAGUGCUGCAUUUUUGCUCUUACUGGUGCUGGCAAAGCAGACAUUGUCAAGCGUGUCCUGAAAGACGAAGAGCCUCUGCCAGCUGCUAGAGUGAAGCCAACAGAUGGGAAGCUUUACUGGAUUCUUGAUAACAGUGCUGCUGCACAUAUAACGGAUAUGUGACUUAACAAUGAUGGUACACCCUGGUA